UAGCCGAGAAAGCUGGUAUCCUGAUCCCACGCAUGGCCAAUCAAAGCAGAGUGCCAAUGCAGCCGAAUAUGGCCAGUUGUCCAAGCAGCAGUUAGUUGUUGAGUGUACCUCCUCAAUGCCUGUGACUGCGGAUCCUUUGUGCCAUUCAGAUGGAGCGGUUAGUGAUGAGAGCUCAGAAACUGCUGACCUGAUCAUGAAGCUUGUAGGUAGAGAGAACAUAGAGUAUGAAAUUAGUGGUGUAACAACAAGUAGUUCGACUGUUGGGCAAUCUGAGUCGUCUGAGCUGACUACAGCCCUUGACAGUGAUGUGUUCCUGCCCCCUGACGCUAUCUUGGAAGUGAAAGACGAUCAUGACAGACAGAGUCUUUCGAGCACCGAGCAGAUGGACAGCAGAGGGUCAGCUGGGCAAGAUAACGGCUGCACUGUAGUCUGUGAAGCUGAAGAGGAGAAGGACAGCGUUGCUGAUGUGCCCACACGAGCCUCCAUCUUCAGACCAGCAAUCAGGCCACUGUCGCCCUUCAGGCGACAUAGCUGGGGACCCGGGAAGAAUACAGGCAGCGAAACUGAGAUCAAUCAGCGAAGUUCUGUGAGAAUGCAUGGUGACAUGGUAAAGCGGCCACCAAUUCACAGAAGAAGCAUGAGUUGGUGUCCCUCUGAGAAGCAAUGCCCUGUCAUGGAAUCUGACAUUAGUUACCGAAGUUACAGCCUGGAAGGACUGGUGCAUAACAGCGAGGUGAUCAAGGAAACAUCGCACACUGCAGAGUCUGUCUUGCAGAAUUCCCGCGACCCUCGGCGAGCUCCAGUCGUUAGUUUGGAUGAGCGCGGAUCACUCGUCUCACUGACCGAGGAAGAGAUGGAGUCUGACCACAGUGAAGGCAGUGUGUUUGAAAAACCGAAGUCGAUGAGAGUGCAGCUACAUUCUGUUCCUCCGCUGAUGAAAUCCAUUUCACUGCAAGCCAUUAGCCCACCAAGUGUAGACAGUGAGUACUAA